UCACGCCAUUGGCGGAUGAGUGAUGGGGGAAGUGCUGCUCUUCUGGAAGUUAGUUACCUUCUGCCAGUAAAAAAAAAAGUGUUGAACCCAAGAGUGAAAAAGAAAAGACAGCGUUUAUAAGGGUGUUUUAAGUAGCAGCUGCUUGUGGGGGAAACUUUUCAUUCCGGUGUUAUUUAAAAGGGUGUUGCACGGUUCCCGUCAUGGAGUUUGGCGAAGAGUCGUCGCCCGCUUUGGCUUUCGAGAAGGACGCCUUCGAGCUCACGGUUGAAGAUGUGUAUGACAUUUCCUAUGUAAUCGGACGAGAUCUGUUGAAAAUAAGCAGCACGGGCGAAGAAGUGUCGGAUCUGCAGUUCAGAAUAGUCCGUGUUUUGGAGAUGUUCGAGACCCUGGUCAACAAGUACAAUCUGUCCCUGGAGGAGCUGAAAAUGGAGCGGGACAACUUGAAGAGUGAACUGGACCGGAUCAUCCAGGAGAGCUCCUCUGGGCAGGGCACGCAAACAGCAGGACCCAACCAGCUGGUGGUGGACCUGACGGACCCCAACAGACCCCGGUUCACCAUGCAGGAGCUGAAGGAGGUUCUGCAGGAGAGGAACCAGCUGAAGGCUCAGCUCAUGGUGGCUCAGGAGGAGCUCCAGCUGUACAAGAGUGGGAUCCUUCCACAGGCUGAACCAGCCAUGGUGGAAGUGGAUCUGGACACACCAGCAGCUACAGAGCACAGCCCCGCCACAAUAAAUGAUGUAAAAGAGGAAAAGACAACCAUAGGCAAACUGUUUUCAUUCAGGCGAAAAUAAGAACAACCUUUCACAAGAACUGGACAAACAGGAUUUGUCGGCACUAUUUUCUCAGUUAACCACUUUUUUAAUGACUUUUUUACAAUGUGUAUGUGUCAAUCUAACAAGCACUGUUUUAUACUGGAAAUUUUAACCUAAGAUGGUUUAUAAUAAUAGCUGUAGUAGAAAUAUACAGUAUAUAUUACAUGGAAGGUGUGAUGAAGAUAUAAAAAGAAACUGGAAAGUAUUAUGUAACCACUGUUCUUGGGGAUUAUGUUGAAUCCAUUAACUCAGUUAUUUAUAGGCUUGAAAAUGUAAUUUUUUUAAUAAAUCAAAAUUAAGUCCUCAAGGGGCCACAUGUUGGUCCAGUAACAAGUCCAACUUUAAAUAAUAAAAUGUUAUUACAUUUUGAA